AUUUCGAAUCAAAUCGAAAUCGAAACACAGAGAGAGAGAGAGAGAGAGAGAGAGAGAGAGAGAUGAGCUUCUUGGCAGGGAGAUUAGCAGCCACCGAAGGAGCAUACUUCCUCCAAGAAUCGAAGCAAGCAGUAGGGCGCAUUGCCAGGAAGUUUCCAUCUCCGGCCAAGCAGCCGCCACAGCCUUCUGGAGCUCGCGAUGUCGAUCAGGACGCUGCCGACGUCUUGCCGGAGAUCCUCCGCCACUCUGUCCCGAUUAAGGGUACCGCGGAGGCGUCUGAAUCCACCCUCACUGUCUCUAAAUGGGCGCUCAAAGGUUCCUCCUCUCCUUUCCCUUUUGUUUCCCCUGACGCCCUCAACCCGCUCCGUGCUUAUGUUUCUUUGCCUCAGGCUACCUUCGGCCCUAAAAGAUGGCAAUUACCUGAUGAACAUCCAACUUUUCUAGCAUCAACGGCAAAUGAGUUGCGGAGAGAUAGAUACCCACCAGUCAAUCCUGAGAAGCUGAAGGCUGUGACGACAGGGUUCUCACUAAUCGGGACUGCAUUCGCUCUUGCGACAACUGUAGUUUUUGGAGGUGCUGCGAUUGUAGCUUGGCAGCUUCAAAUUAAUGAUGUGGAUAACUUCAGAACAAAAGGAAAAGACCUGCUUUUGCCGGGUGCUGAAAAAGUCAGGGAGCAAGUAGGACCAUUGCGAACUUGGGCUGAGAAUAUGUCAAGAAAAUGGCAUGCCAAAGGGGAUGAAUCAACCAAGGAGAAGUCAAUAAUCAAGGAGCUUUCUAAAGUUCUUGGUGGUAAGACUACAGACUGAUCAGAUCUAUGCAUUCGUGGAUCAUGCUUGUACAUAAUUACAUAAUUUUGUAUACAGUGAAUAAAAUUGGAGCAAGUGGUGCCUUGUUUCAGUCUUGUUGUAAAUUCUAAUUUUGUAUGUAUUUUAGUUGUUUUGGUGAUCAGUUGGAAAUGUGUUUUAGGGUGUGUUUUGAUGGAUAUAAUAAACAAUGUUGGAACGGGAGUUAUUUAUUCUCA